ACUCUCUCACCCAGGCUGGAGGAGCGCAGUGGCAGGAACUUGGCUCACUGCAACCUCCGCUUCCCAGGUUCAAGCGAUUCUCCUGCCUCAGCCUCCAGAGUAGCUGGGAUUACAGGCGCACGCCACCACACCUGGCUAAUUUUUGUAUUUUUAGUAGAGACGGGGUUUCUCCAUGUUGGUCAGGCUGGUCUCGAACUCCUGACCUCGUGAUCCGCCUGCCUCGGCCUCCCAAAGUGCUGGGAUUACAGGCGUGAGCCACCGUGCCCGGCCGGGAGGUCACUUUAAGGAGGGCUGUCCAACUGCAAGGACACCGCAAGCAGGAAGUGAAACCACAGCACUUCAAAAAAAGAGGGAGACUGGGCCAAGCGUAUCUAAGAGGCUGAACAUGAAUCCACAGAUCAGAAAUCCGAUGGAGCGGAUGUAUCGACGCACAUUCUACAACCACUUUGAAAACGAACCCAUCCUCUAUGGUCGGAGCUACACCUGGCUGUGCUAUGAAGUGAAAAUAAAGAGGGGCUGCUCAAAUCUCAUUUGGGACACAGGGGUCUUUCGAGGCCCGGUACUACCCAAACUUCAGUCGAAUCACAGGCAGGAGGCGCUUCCAGAUCACCUGGUUUGUAUCAUGGAACCCCUGCCUGCCCUGUGUGGUGAAGGUGACCAAAUUCUUGGCUGAGCACCCCAAUGUCACCCUGACCAUCUCCGCUGCCCGCCUCUACUACUACCAGGAUAGAGAAUGGCGGAGGGUGCUCCGCAGGCUGCAUAAGGCGGGGGCCCGUGUGAAGAUCAUGGACUAUAAAGACUUUGCACACUGCUGGGAAAACUUUGUGUACAAUGAAGGUCAGCAAUUCAUGCCUUGGUACAAAUUCGAUGACAAUUAUGCAUCCCUGCACCGCACGCUAAAGGAGAUUCUCAGAAACCCGAUGGAGGCAAUGUACCCACACGUAUUCUACUUCCACUUUAAAAACCUACUGAAAGCCUGUGGUCGGAACGAAAGCUGGCUGUGCUUCACCGUGGACGUUACAGAGCACCACCCACCUGUCUCCUGGAAGAGGGGCGUCUUCCGAAAUCCGGUGGAUCCUGAGACCCAUUGUCAUGCAGAAAGGUGCUUCCUCUCUUGGUUCUGUGACGACAUACUGUCUCCUAACACAAACUACCAGGUCACCUGGUACACAUCUUGGAGCCCUUGCCCAGAGUGUGCAAGGGAGGUGGCCGAGUUCCUGGCCAGGCACAGCAACGUGAAGCUCACCAUCUUCACCGCCCGCCUGUACCACUUCUGGAAUACAGAUUACCAGGAGGGGCUCUGCAGCCUGAGUCAGGAAGGGGCCUCCGUGAAGAUCAUGAGCUACAAAGAUUUUGUAUCUUGUUGGAAAAACUUUGUGUACAGUGAUGAUGAGCCAUUCAAGCCUUGGAAGGGACUAAAAACCAACUUUCGACUUCUGAAAACAAUGCUACGGGAGAUUCUCCAGUGAGGGGUCUCCCUGGGCCUCAUGGUCUGUCUCCUCUAGCCUCCUGCUCAUGCUGCACGGGCCUCCCCUCCAUCCUACACCAGCUGUGCUUUUGCCUGGUCAUCCAGAGCCCCUCCUGGCCUCAGGGCCAUUCCAUAGUGCCCCCCUGCCUCACCACCUCCUCCCCGCUCUCCCAGGCUCUUCUUGUAGAGGCUCUCCAUCCACCUCCCCAGUCCUGUUCCCCCAGCCUGGGUGCCCCUAACCUGACUCUUCCCAUCUCCCCAGCAUAACCAAAUCUUUUUUUUUUUUUUUUUUUUUUUUUUUUUUUGAGACGGAGUUUCACUCUGUCGCCCAGACUGGAGUGCAAUGGCUGGAUCUCAGCUCACUGCAAACUCCGCUUACUGGGUUCAAGUGAUUCUCCUGUCUCAGCUUCUGAGUAGCUGGGAUUACAGAUGCCUGCCACCACACCCAGCUAAUUUUUUAUUUUUUGUAUUUUUAGUAGUGACUGGGUUUCACCAUGUUGGCCAGGCUGGUCUUGAACUCCUGACCUCAGGUGAUCUGCCCAUCUCUGUCUCCCAUAGUGCUGGGAUUACAGGCGGGAGCCACCCGGCUCGGCCGCACAACCAAAUCUUAUUAAACUCAAUCUAGUCUGGCCCUGGUGACUCACGCCUUUCGGAGGCAGAGGUGGGAGAAUCGCUUGAGCCCAGAGGUUUGAGACCAGCCUGGGCCACACGACAAAGCCCCAUUUCUACAAAAAAAAAUACAAAAGAAAAGCCAGAUGUGGUGGCAUGCACCUGUAGUUUAAGCUACUUGGAAGGAUGAAGUGGGAGGAUUGCUUGAGCCGGGGAGGUGGAGGCUGCAGUGAACUGAGAUCGCGCCACAGAACUCCAGUCUGAGCAACAGAUGGAGACCCUGCCUGAAAAUAAAUCAAUAAAUACACUCAACCUAAAUGGA